CAGGAAACACAGUUUUUUUACAGUCUACUCAGUGUAGCAAUGGUGUAGCACUCCACAGGCACAAUUGCAAACUUAGCCUCUAGGCCUCACGUGGGACCACUCCCCACACCCCUUUACGUUGCAGUUGGAUGUGCUGUGUCUGUGAACCUCAUGGCCACCACCAGUGGUGUUGUGAUUGCUUGCAUAGAACAGUCAUAUGGAAUAAAGUCCUCCAGCUCUGUGCUUGGAAUCUUUAUUGAUACUCUUUGAUGUUUUUCUUUGCAUUUUUCUUGUAUAGAUUAGCCUACCAUGGCCGACCAGAGACAGCGCUCACUCUCUACCUCUGGGGAAUCACUAUACCAUGUUCUGGGGCUGGACAAGAAUGCAACCUCAGAUGACAUUAAAAAGUCCUAUCGGAAACUUGCCUUGAAAUAUCACCCUGACAAGAACCCCGAUAACCCAGAGGCUGCAGACAAGUUUAAGGAGAUCAACAACGCCCACGCCAUCCUGACGGACGCCACAAAAAGAAACAUCUACGACAAGUACGGCUCGCUGGGGCUCUACGUGGCCGAGCAGUUUGGGGAGGAGAACGUGAACACCUACUUCGUGUUGUCCAGUUGGUGGGCCAAGGUGAGGGGAGCAGGCGGCCC